ACGUCGAAAGCUCGACGUUUCGCGCGUCCAGGCGGCAAAACGAAAUUAACAGGAGGCUACGCGACAGCUUCCUUGCGAUCUCGAGGUCGCACGCGACAUUUACGAGACCUUAGUUUACGGUCCGUUAGGCUGCCACAUAUAUCUCGCUCCUCUCACAACAAUCUACAAAUCAUGUUGCGAUCGUGUAUCACGAGGAACGAAGCGCGGCGAUAUUGAUAAGGUUACACAAGCGAGAGUGCCGCCGUUGAUAGCGGGUGGAACACCUGUAGUCAAAUCUGUCAAAUUUCACGGAGAUAUUCGCGGGAAUACGAUCUCCUCGAUCUCGGAAUAAUGUUGAACAGUACAACAAAACAUAUUUUACAUUGCUGUCUGUUGCUCACAGUCAUACUGAUAUUUGAAUUUGUGUCUGGUGGACUUCGAUGGGAUACAGAGCAAAAGGAAGAAAUCGAUCCAUGGACACGAUACGGCAUUAUUGGAGCAAUCACUUUGUACCUGUUGCGUACAGUAACGUUUCUUUCCUUGCCUCAAGUUUUAUUCAACUUUAUAGGAUUAACAAUAUACAAUGCAUUCCCUGAUAAAGUAAUCUUGAAAGGCUCACCUCUGCUGGCACCGUUUGUUUGUAUAAGAAUAGUGACUCGUGGGGAUUACCCACAAUUAGUGAAAACAAAUGUAAAAAGAAACUUAGAUAAAUGUACAGAAGCUGGUCUUGAGAAUUUCCAAAUAGAGGUAGUGAGUGAUAAACCAGUAGGUUUAACACCGCAUCGCAGAGUACGAGAAGUUGUUGUCCCUCAAAAUUAUCGCACAAGUAGUGGUGCCUUGUUCAAGGCUCGUGCUUUACAAUACUGCCUUGAGAGCUCGGUAAACGAAUUAGCUGAUCACGACUGGAUUGUUCAUCUUGAUGAAGAAACUUUGAUGACUGAGAAUUCUGUUCGGGGCAUAUUGAACUUUAUAUUGGAUGGUAAACAUCAGUUUGGCCAAGGAUUAAUCACAUAUGCUAAUGAAGAUGUUGUUAACUGGAUUACCACAUUAGCUGAUAGCUUCAGAGUAGCGGAUGAUAUGGGAAAGCUAAGAUUCCAGUUCACCAUGUUCCACAAACUUUUUAGUAUGAAAGGGUCCUAUGUUGUCACACAGAUGGGAGCAGAAAAGCAAGUUUCGUUUAAUAAUGGAUUAGAUGGCUCCGUCGCCGAGGAUUGUUUCUUUGCGAUGAAAGCAUUUUCCCAGGGAUAUACGUUUAACUUUGUAGAAGGCGAAAUGUGGGAGAAAUCGCCAUUCACUCUAUGGGAUUUUGUACAGCAAAGAAAAAGAUGGCUGCAAGGUAUAUUACUUGUUGUGCAUUCCAAAGCAAUUCUUAAGAAAAAAUUAUUGCUGGGUAUUUCGUGUUAUUCAUGGGUGACGAUGCCUCUUUCCACUUCUAAUAUCGUCUUAGCCGGAUUAUGUCCGAUUAACUGUCCACCAUUGAUCGAUUUUCUAUGCGCGUUUAUCGGGGCGGUAAAUAUUUACAUGUAUGUUUUCGGAGUAGUGAAGUCAUUUUCUCUGUAUCGUUUUGGUGUGGCUCGAUUUAUGCUUUGUAUAUGCGGUGCAUUGUCCACCAUUCCGUUCAAUAUAAUUAUUGAGAACGUUGCUGUCAUAUGGGGUUUAUUCGGUAAGAAACACAAGUUUUAUGUCGUUAACAAAGAAUAUAGGCCACCAGUGACUGUAUGAUGUGUCAUCAGUUUAGAGCUCUUAUCUAACUGGUGCAUACUUUGCAGCAGUAUAAAGUUUCCAUUGUGCAUGCGCAUAAUUAAUUAGUACCUGUAAAUUUACAUAAGAAAUUCAUUGCUGUCAUAAAUAAAAUAUUUAUAAUUAGUA